ACAGAUUAUCUGCAACAACAGAAUUUGCACUUGUCUACCAUCAACAGCCAAUCAAAUAAUGCUUCCUAUCAAAAUUCCCACCAUUACUUUCUCCAACCAGCACAGAACACAAACAAAAACAACAACAACAAAACUAAAAAAACAAUUGUUUCUGGGUUUUACUUUAGAGAAGAGAGAAACACAAGGCUCCUCCUACUUGGCACAAUUGGCCUAGUCAGUGCCACACUCUCAUUCAAUGGUGGGUGCGUUCUCAGCCCAAACCCAAGGUCUCAAGCCAACAACACCACCAGCAACCACUGCUCUGUUCAACCCAUCUCUCUCAUCAUCAUCUGAAUUGCUUUCAACUUCUCAUCUAUCACUCUUAAAGAACUCCACUUCAAUUGCCUGUGGAUUUUCUUCAAAGCAAGCUUCUUUUCUCAGAGGUCAAUUCUGUAGCAGACACUUUCUUGGGUUUGAUUACAAUCUUGCUCGAAGAAAACAAGCAGGGCAUGUUGUUUCACCAUACUGCGUCCUUCCGUUAACUGAAGAAAAUGUUGAGAAAGUCUUGGAUGAGGUACGACCUGGCUUGAUGGCUGAUGGUGGGAAUGUGGCACUACAUGAGAUAGAUGGCCUUGUUGUGGUAUUAAAACUGCAAGGAGCUUGUGGGUCAUGUCCAAGCUCAACAAUGACACUAAAGAUGGGAAUUGAGACCCGCCUGCGAGAUAAAAUACCCGAGAUUAUGGAAGUUGAACAGAUUCUGGACAGAGAGACAGGUCUUGAGCUAAAUGAGGAAAAUGUAGAAAAGGUUCUUUCUGAGAUUAGACCAUAUCUUGCUGGCACAGGAGGUGGGAUCCUGGAGCUUGUACAGAUCAAUGACUACGUCGUCAAAGUACGGUUAAGUGGACCAGCAGCCGGGGUCAUGACAGUUCGUGUUGCUCUAACACAAAAACUGAGGGAAAAAAUACCCGUUAUUGCAGCUGUUCAGUUGAUAGAAUGAUAAUAUACCAUCAAAAGUAAAUCUAUUGUGAAUGUAUGAUGCAGAGAAUGGAAAAAUUGUUCGGCCAGUUUUGUUGAAUUAUACUCAUCAAUGCCUGAAAAUACAUGGUUCCUCGUUACAUUGCAAGCUUCUUUGUAACUUACACGAAAAACAUUGCAAGUCUUA